CUGUAAAGUUUGCUGUCGUGUGAAGAGUGAACUCUAUUCUAAUUAUGAUUGUGUAAAAGUUUUCUGUGAUUAAAACUAGAAACUUAGUAUUAUAUUAAAUAAUAUUUAUGAUACAAUAUUAAUAUUUUCCUUUUAUAAGGAUUAAGAAUUAUAACUUCCUAGCUAGAUAAUUUAUUCUUCAAUAUGAAUGCUCCAAUAGCAGGUGCUUCGCAAUCGGCAUCAGUGCAGGAGUUCAAAAUCAGAGUGCCUAAAGACGGACAGAAGAAAUACCAUGUUAUGCGUUUCAAUGCAACUCUGAAUGUAGAUUUUGCUAAAUGGACACAUGUCAAAAUGGAACGAGAGAAUAACAUCAAGGAAUACAAGGGAAUAGAUGAAGAUAUGCCUAAAUACGGUGCAGGCUCAGAAUAUGGACGAGGAUUAAGAGAAGAAGCAAGAAGAAAGAAGUUUGGAAUUAUAUCUCGUAAAUAUAAACCAGAAGAUCAACCAUGGAUAUUAAAAGUGGGUGGGAAGACUGGGAAAAAGUUCAAAGGAAUUCGUGAAGGUGGUGUAUCGGAAAAUACUGCAUACUAUGUGUUUACUCAUGCAGCUGAUGGUGCAAUUGAUGCAUAUCCACUACAAGAAUGGUACAACUUCCAGCCAAUACAAAGGUACAAAGCUCUAUCAGCUGAAGAAGCUGAGCAGGAAUUUGGAAGACGCAACAAAGUAAUAAACUACUUCUCGUUGAUGUUCCGGAAACGCAUGCGGGGAGAUGACGCGCAAGAUGAAGAGGAUCCAGAUGAGAAGAAAACUAAAACUUCCAAAUCUAAAAAAGAAUUAAAAAUCUCCGAUAUGGAUGAAUGGAUAGACUCGGAUGAUGACUCUUCAGGCUCAGAAGCAGGUGACAAAGAGAAAGAAGAUAGUGAUUCCGGUACUAAGAAAAAACCCAAAAAAGGUGCUGUACCAAAAAAGAAGAAGAAAGUAGAAGAUGAGGCGUUCGAAGAGAGUGACGAUGGGGAUGAAGAAGGUCGAGAAAGAGAUUAUAUAUCAGACUCAUCUGAUAGUGAGUCAGAUCAUGAGACCAAAGCAAAUAAAGAACUGAAAGGCGUCGCCGAAGAAGAUGCCCUAAGAAAACUCCUUGGAUCUGACGAGGAUAGUGAAGAAGACGAAGAGCAGAAACAAGAGUCUGAACAAGAAGAUGAACAUACAAAGGAAGGUGAGGAGAGAGCCAGUAAACUCACCAAGAAGAAGAAGAAACCGGAUGAAAAGAAGGAAUCUGAAACAGAGUUCAGCUCAGACUCUGAUACAGACCCGGAGAGCACUUCAAACAGCAAGAAGCCCAAGAAGAGUAAAAGCCAUACGGAUAAAGCAAGUGCAGCGGGUAGCGCCAGUACGUCCCGCGCUGGUACCCCCGUGCCCAGCGCUGCUCAGGCGGCUGUGGCCGCUGCUAAUGCCAGUUCCGCUAACCAACCGCCAACUAAACGAGCUAAACUUGAUUCAACCUAUAGCGAAUGCGGCGUGACAGAAGAAGCAGUACGACGUUACUUAACUCGUAAACCAAUGACUACUACGGAACUUCUAACUAAAUUCAAGUCCAAACGCACCGGAGUCUCUAGCGAACGUUUGGUGGAGACUAUGACGCAGAUAUUGAAGAGAAUUAACCCUGUCAAACAGAAUAUUAACGGGAAAAUGUAUCUUAGCAUUAAGCCUACUUGAUUAAAUAAUUUGUUUGUUA